UUUCACGCGAUUAAUGUUUUUCUUUGUAUUAAUAUCAUAUUAUCCUACUAGUAGUAUUUUAAACUGUUUAAAAAAAAAACCCAAACCAAAACCAGAUCUAAGACCAAAAGCAAAUCCUGAUGAGGUUGCUGAAUUUAAUAGAAUUAUUGAAUCUAAUGGAUGGAAAUCUAUAACUGGUAUUUUACAUUGCGACAACGAAGAACCAGCAACAGUUACAGCUUUUUCUUCUACCGAACUUAUCAUUGAAAAUGAUUUUAAGACGAAAAAGGAAUUUGCUUACAUGGUAUUAAGUGCCCUUUAUGAAAACAUGCUAAUGAAAUUAAUUUCAAUUUAUGAGGAUAAGAUAAACAAAUAUUAUGUGUAUUAUAAUGAUUUUAAUUUUAAUGAUGGUAUACUUAAAUAUAAUAUAUUUGUUCAUGAACCUCAUUUGAGAAGUAUAUGCAAUAACUUUGCUAUGUUUGAACCAUUAACGACUUGUAUGUACAAUGCAUUAAAAUAUUUUGAAAAAUGUGACCAUGAGAAUCACGUUGACUUUUUUCUUAAUAGAUUAAAAAAUUCAAUGAAUCACCUGAGUAAAUCUGCAAACUGUUAUAAAAAUGAUGCAAUAAAUAAUAUUCAAAAUGUUAUUAAGACAAAAACUGAUGUAAAAAUGAAUUAUGUGAAUAAGUGCAUUGUUGAGAAAAAUAGUGAAGAAUUUGUUGAAAAUUAUAUUAAAAAAUUUGAAAAUCUUGGCGGAAAUGAUGACGAAUUUAUACCUGACCCACUAUUCUCAAACCAUAAUGAAAAAGUUCAAGAGGGUGUAAAAUUGUNUCUCAAACCAUAA